AUGUCGGGAUCCAACCUCUCCGACCGGUCCGCCGCCUCUACUCCUCCGGCCGUGAAGCCGCCGAAUCCCUUCGACUCUUCCGCCGGCUCCACCGCCGCCACUCUUCCCGAUCCUGCCUACAUCCGUGAUGUUCCCAUCGAACGUCGCGUUCCGGUCAUCCUCUCCCACAACGAGGCGAAUUUUUAUGCUUGGAAGACAUACUUCAAUCUCCUCUUUCGUGAGUAUAACCUGCAGGACCACAUCGACGGCACAGCCAACCUCUUCGUCCUGAACCGUGACGCCGACUGGCUAGCGAUCGACGCCACCAUCAUCAGGUGGCUCUUCCUCACCGUGUCUAAGGACAUCUUCCACACCGUCGUUCGCGACAAGGAUUAUGCAUGCACGGUGUGGAACAAGAUCGUCGGCCUCUUCACCGACAACAAGCUCCAACGGAUCGUCUUCCUGCAGCAGGAGUUCUUCGGGUGCCAUCAAAACGACUCCUCCGUCGACGCCUUCUGCAUGCGUCUCAAGACCCUCUCCGACGAGCUCAAUGACAUCGGCUUCAAGGUGGGCGACGAGUUGCUCCUCUCCACCCUCACCGCCGGCCUCAAUGAGGAUCUCGGCAACGCCGCCUCCAACCUCACCCUCAUGGCGAACCCUACCUACGAGCGGGCGGUGGCUUAUCUUCGUCUCGAGGAACGCCGGUUGAAGCAUCUUCGCUCCCGUGCCGUUCAUACCGCCUUCGCCGCUGGCUACUCGCGCGGUGGCCCCGCGCCCUCAGGCGCGCCUCCCGGCUUCCCAGCGCC